CACCUACCCCUGCGCCGGCCAGACAUUCACAGGCUGUGACUCCGACCACGGAGCACAAUGGGUUCUAUUUUUGUAAAUGCACUAGGGUUAUCACUCCACCUUCACUAACUCUCUUUCUGUCUCCUACUCUGUUCUUCCCCCUCUCUCUCUUGAUAUAACCCUGUCCCCCAUUUGCACAAAACCAUGGCUGACAGAAACAGCCGGUCCAGUGCUAAGAAGAAAGAGAAGAAGGUAGAAAACAAAGCAAAUGAGGAGAAGGACAAAGACAAGGAGAAGGGGAAGGAGAAGACCGUGAAAAAGCCCGACAAAGUUGUGAAGAAGCCGGAGACGACACCCGAGGAGCCGAAGACGAACAAAGAGAAGACGAAUGGGGAAAGUGGAGAGGCAGCAGCGGCGGCGGCGGCGGAAGCCGGAGCUGAGGUGGCAAAUGGUGAAGACAAAGGAGAGUUUCAGCCCAUAGAGCUGCCACCGUUUGAGAUUGUCACAGGGGAACAGAUGGGCACGUUUUACUUCAAGUUUCAGUUCAGGAAUGUGGAAUACUCGUCAGGGAGGAACAAAACCCUGCUGUGCUUCAGAGUGGAUACAGCAGGGGGCAGCACCGAGCCCCUGAAAGGUUACAUGGAGGAUGAACAUGCCACAGCUCAUGCGGAAGAAGCCUUCUUUCAACAGGUGCUGCCCAACGCCUCCCAGGAGUACGACGUCACGUGGUACGUCUCGUCCAGUCCCUGUGUGGCGUGUGCAGCCAAGCUGGCCAGCAUCCUCCAGCAGCGCAAAAAGCUCCGUCUCUGCAUAUUCUGCUCCCGUCUCUUUGAGUGGGAGGAGCCCGAGAUGGUCGAGGGGCUCCGGGCCCUGGCGAGCGCCGGCUGCAAGCUGCGGAUGAUGAAGCCGUCUGACUUUGUGCACGUUUGGGAGACGUAUGUGGAGAAGGACGAGGAGACCUUCGCGCCCUGGGAGGAUUGUCAGGAGAACUACGAGUACUACGUGGAGAAACUGGCUGACAUCCUCAAGUAGAUGUGCACAAGAUCUCCACACCGACUGAACCCCAAAUCAGUUUCUUGCUGUCACAUGAUCAGAUUGGUGCAAAUCGAUCGAUAUUAGUUUGAAUGAACUCUCACGGCAAUGUUUUGUAUUUUUUAUUUUGAUAAUUUCGUAUAGGGAGACAACAAUGCUUGAAUUGCUUCACAAAUGUGUCAUAUACAGUAUCCAACUGGCUGCUUCAGGAGAGCAGAGCAAUAACAUUCACUGCUGAAUCAUCUGUUACAUGUUGCGAGAAGGUUAACUUAUAUCUACUGACACCAACUGUUUGUUCUGAGAAUUGCAAUAGUAGUUGAGGAAGGAGUGAUAAAUUAUACCGCAGAUUAUCACAUUAUUUACAAUACAUGCAGUCACUGAAAGCUA